AUGAAGCUUGAACAGAAAAACUGGGAAGACAGAAAAAAUGACUUCUGCCCGCUGGAUCUGGGCUUGUUUCAGGCUCUGGAGAGAGAGAGGGUCCUGGAGGUCCUUCAGAGAGACAAAGCACUACGAACUAUCGAUGCAGACAGAGUCAGGAGGCUCAGAGUAGAACUUCACGGACUCUGUCUGCAGACUUCGAGGAUCAUUUCACGUCCGUUCGGUCAGCGGUCGUGUGCUCGGUGUCAGCGAGUGCUGGGGAAGUUCUGGGACUGUGGUUCGGUGUGCUGUGGAUGCAGUCACCGCAUCUGCAACCGCUGUCAGGUUGUCCGCUCUGCACACGACUGGAAGUGCACGGUGUGUCACGCAUACAGGGAAUUUAAGAUAAAAUCUGGGGAAUGGUUUCUGGAACAGCAAGCAAAGAAAUUUCCAAGUGUCAAAGAAAACAGCGAAACCACAGGAGACAAGAUGUUACAGUCUUAUCAGCGGCUCAGCUUCAUUGCAGUUGUGCCUCCAACUCCUCCUCCAUUUUACAACCCGCCAUCAUUUAACAGACUGGAGGAACACAAAAAGCCUUUCACCAAGUCGAUGGAGAACCUGGUGGCAUCAGUCAGUGCUCACAUUAAAAAACUGUCCAAAUCUCAGAAUGACUUGAGUGAAGUGGCAGGUCAGCUGACAGUGGAUCACGGGCACAUGAUGUACUCACGGCGCAAGAGUCUGUCAGAUGGAGCCAUCAACAGAGCUCUGUGCAAAGUUCCGAGUUUACCCAUUCUGUCCACGGCGCAGUCCACUUCAACAAGCACACUUUGCUUGACAGAUGAUGAUGUUUCAUCCACAUCCGCAUACAGCGAUGAUCAGCGGGACAGCAACAGCAGCACUGGGAUGGAUUCUGUGCUGUUUGAAAACACUAUUAGUGUGACUGGAGAAAUCGAGGUGGUUUUGGCCUACAACAACAGGACGUCCUGUUUGGAGAUUACGAUCAAAGCCUGCAGAAAUUUGAUGUUCAGAGAUACGAAGAAGAAAUGCCAUCCGUAUGUGAAUGUCUGUUUGCUUCCUAAGAAAUGUCACAAUUUUAAGAUGAAGACAGCAGUGAGGAAAGGGAAAAACCCGGUUUACAACGAAACCUUUACGUGUGUACUUUCUGCUGAUCUGCUGUCCAGCGCUGUGCUCCAGCUCUCCGUCUGGCACAGUCGAGGACUCAAGAGGAGACUGUUUCUGGGAGAGACGCUCAUCCGGCUGGCAGACAUGGAUCUGGAGGACACUGACUCUCAGCGUUCGCUCUGCUGCAAACUUAAUCCAAAGGCUCCUCAACUGGGUGGAGACGCAGAGCUGCAGUUUACCUCAGUGCUGCUGCUGAUCCAGGCUCAGUUCCACACUCUGCCGCACAACAACACACAGACACACGGUGUUUUAUUAGGAGCUCCAGGCCAGCUCACAGUUCUCUUUACAGAUGUGUCCAAGCUGCUUUCCGUAUCUAAAACUGCUCACUUCGAGGGGAUCCUUUGCCUUCCAGGACACAGAGAGCUGGUACGGAAAACUUCAGCAUUGAAGAAAACUGAUGGCAGUAUCCGAAUGAGCUUCAGCAGUCUGAGCCAACAGGAGCUCCAGCAGGCCACACUCACACUCAACCUGUGGGAGAAAAACUGCUUACUUACAUCAGCACGACUGCACAAAGAGUCCUCUUGGCAGCAUCUCCAGCGGAUGCCGGGAGUUUGGCAGGAAUUCAAUCUUCAGCUACAAGUAGUGCAAACAUGAGGUCAUGACGAAGAAGACUGAGAUCCUUCCCAUCAACCCACAGACCCCGACACAGACUGCAUUCCAGUUUUUAUUCAUACUCUUGACUUGCUAACUUCCCUAAGUCCCGUUCCCUCCAAUGUCCGCCAUUGAUUACAUCACACAAGUGUCAUUGCUAGCAGAACAUCUGAAUGGGUUUAAAUGGAAUGCCCAAAACCCUUGAGCACUUAGGAACUACACACUUAUGACAUUACAAUUGCAUUGUAUAAGUAAGGGAUGUCCAGACUUGGUCCUGGAGGGCCGGUGUCCAGCAAAGUUUAUUUCCAACCCCAAUCAUACACACCUGGGCUAGCUAAUCAAGCUCUUACUAGGUAUUCUAGACACAUCCUUGCAGGUGGACUCUGGCAACUCUGUCCUGGAGGGCCGGUGUCCUGCUGAGUUUAGCUCCAACUUGCUUCAACACACCUCCCAGGAAGUUUCUAGUACAUCUAAUAAAAGCUUGAUCAGCUGGAUCAGGUGUGUUUAAGGUUGGAACGAAACUCUCCAGGACACCGGUGCAGUGGAGAUUCCCCUAAGCCUAGGAAUAGGUCUAGAAUUGAAUUCAUGGAGGGCCGAAGCUUGUCACAUUUUCUCCAACCCUAAUCAUUCUUUCAUUUUCUUAUCAGCUUAGUCCCUUUAUUAAUUUGGGGUUGCCACAGUGGAAUGAACCACCAACUUAUCCAGCAUAUGUUUUACGCAGCGGAUGCCCUUCCAGCUGCAACCAAUUACUGGGAAACAUCCAUCCACACUCAUUCACACAUACACUAAGGACAAUUUUAGCUUAUCUAGUUCACAUAUACCGCAUAUUCACAUAUAUGUCUUUGGACUCAUGGGAAAAACCGGAGAACCUGGAGGAAACCCACAUGAACACGGGAAGAAAUGCCAACUGAUCCAGCUGAGACUCAAACCAGUGACCUUCUUGCUGUGAGGUGAUCAUGCUACCCACUGCGCUACCGUGCUGCCUCCAACCCAAAUCAAACACGGCUAAUCCAAAUACUACUUGAGAUUGCGCAGGUGUGAGUUGGAGAUGGUUGGAGCUAAAAUCUGCAGAGCUGUGGAACUCCAGGAAUUGAGUUUGAGACCACUGCCCUAAGGGAAAAUGUGAAGGGAAGUUAGCGAGUGUGUUUAAAAGUGAACUGGAACACAGCCACACUCCUGACAAACAGGACUUUGUCAGUUAAGAACCGCUUUAUAAAUUGUUUUAUGUUAUUUAACAAAUAUGGUUUUAUAUAUUUGUAUUAUUUAAUAAUGUAAACGAAGUAUCUGCCAUCAUAUUACUGCUAUUUAAUAAGUCACCCACAGCUCAUCAUCAUAAAUCUUUAUUUCUAAUUUAAUAAACACCUUUUAGGGGAAAAUAAAUAACUCCAGUUGUCGUGAAGCUUGAUGAUACUUCAGUUACAUCACUACAGGUUUAUAUGAUGAUAAUAAUAAUCAUAUUAUACACAUACAGGCAUUUCACACUGCAGGUUGCGUAACCCAAGGUUUAAUAACUUUCUCUCUAGGUUAGUAGCUUCAUAACCCAGGGUUAAAAGCAAUGCUACAGGCUGGUCGGGCCAUAAUGUAAGCUUAUCUGUGUAUGGAUCCUAUCAAAAUAAUAUAUCAAACACAAGCGCUUAAAGUGCUGCGAGUGAUUAAAACCGCUCGUUCUAACAGAAGAGAUCAAUUAAUGAAUUAACAGUGAUUCAGUAACAUUUCGGAGGAAACGAAUACACGGGCGACCUACAGCCUUUGUACAAACUUGCCACAGAGAACAAAAAGAUGAUGCAACAAAAAUACUUUAUGAAAGUGGCACCAAAUGGUUACAGGCAUCAUAGAAACAACUGACUAAAUUGUGCCCAUUUGCAUGUCACGUAAAAUAAUCUGAACGUCUGGUGGGACCAAAUAUAGGACUUCUCCAACCCAAAAACCAGAGUAAAGGUGUCUUAACACUACAUGAUUUAUGCUAAUUUUUUUAAAUAUAAAGAGCUGCUAGCAUGACAGCGAGAAUCACUUUAAAGGGAGUUCAACCAAAAAUAAAUUGAAUCACAGAGGUUUCAAAUCUUCUGAAAAAAUAUUUUGAAGAAUGCUAUAAACCUGUAACCACUGACAACCAUAGUAUUUUUUUCCUACAAUGGAAGUCAAUAGUUAUAGGUUUUCAGAAUUCUUUAAAAUAUCUUCUUUGGUGUUCAAGUCAGGUUUAGUACUAUUGAAAGAGUCAAAUUAAAUUUUUGUGUGAACUAUCCCUUUAAAUCACAUUCAGACUCAUUACAAUUAUGAAACAAAUGCAGCUCUUCCUUCUUCCCACUGUCAUGGCGAUAAACAUUCAGUAACUAGUUCAUUUCAAAGUCAUAUAAAAUCAGUUUAGCCUCUAAUGCAAUGAUAUACCAUGCAUAUGAAUGUAAUCCAUUCACACACGCUCUAUAUAUAAACAAGUGUGUGUGAGCGUAUAUGUAUAAAAUGCUACCUUACAAAUGACGCUCAUCAAAUAAGUAACAUGAGAUUUGGGAAUGAACGUAUCAAUCAUCAUCAUUUGAGUCAGCACAGAAUCAAUAAACAACCUGUACUAUCAUUAAUAAAGAAGUACAUCAUCUACCCCCAAAAUAAACCUUAAAUAACCCAAAAGACAGAAAUAAAUAAACACUAUAACAAAUAUUCUGGCCCAAGCCAUAUUCAACAUGAAUGAAA